GCGCAGGAGCCGAGAGAACUCCCGCCUCUCCCUCUGCGGCGCCGCUGCUGUCUGCCCGACUCGUACUUUUGCUGGUGCUGGUGAAUAAGCGACACAUGCACAGGGGCUGGUUACUUUGUUUGGGCACAGACCUCAUCACCAUUGGAGAGAGGAGCCUGACAGCCGUGUUCUCUCUGAGAUCACUGUGACCGUGUUCUUACUAAGGUCUCGGGGAGACUUUACUGAUGAAAUCUGUAAAAUGUAAUCAGAUGUGAGUUUUGGACUUUCCCAUAACCAAGGUCAGAAUGCUGCCCCUCCGUCAUGCUCUGGCUGUAGCUGUUGUCCAGAUCUUUAUCUUGUCAGAAAACUGGGCAUUGGCCAAGAACAUCAACUUCUACAACGUGAGGCCUCCUCUGGACCCUACGCCAUUUCCAAAUAGCUUCAAGUGUUUUACCUGUGAAAAUGCAAGGGAUAAUUAUAACUGCAAUCGAUGGGCAGAAGACAAAUGGUGCCCACAAAAUACACAGUACUGUCUGACAGUUCACCACUUCACCAGCCACGGAAGAAGUACAUCCAUUACCAAAAAAUGUGCCUCCAGAAGUGAAUGUCAUUUUGUUGGCUGCCACCACAGCCGAGAUUCUGAACAUACAGAGUGUAGGUCUUGCUGUGAAGGAAUGAUCUGUAAUGUAGAGUUACCCACCAACCACACUAAUGCAGUCUUCGCCGUGAUGCAUGCUCAGAGAACAUCCGGCAGCAGUGCCCCCACGCUCUACCUACCAGUGCUGGCCUGGGUCUCCGUGCCUCUGCUGACAUGAAGCCACUGUUCCUAAGAGAGACAGAAACCGCCCUCCAAAGCACAAGCCAAAAAUUGUGUGAACGCUGAACGUUUGAGUGAAGACCAGUCUUGCACUUGGUGAAGAGUGCACCUUGGACGACCACAAAGCAGAAGCCAGUUGUUCACUGAGCUAAAGCACUCCUAUGUCGGGCCACAGGAUGGAGGAAGGGGAUGUGGCAGGAAGUGAGGGGAUUGUCUGGCUUCCAGGCCUCCUGGUCAGAGGGGCUGCAUCUUGUCUCUUCUGCAGGGAGGAUCCUGCCAGUAUCUGCAACAGAGAGGUCGCAGCAGCCUGUUUUCGUCCUGCUGACCAGACCUUUAGCUGAAUGGACUGCUUGACCUCAAGACUCCUUCAGAAGCCGCUGGGUCAGACUCUCUCAUUUCUGUGAUUAGCUCAGAGUGUCCCUAUGAAAUCAACUCUUCCAUCAUGAGAAAGCAAUUUUCCCACCAAUGACACAGUCAGUGAGAAAGGCAGCUAACUAUAGGAAGAAAACUUCAGUUGAAUUAAUAUGAAACCCAUUUACUAUUGUGGGGGGAAAUAAAGCGUUUAAAUUAUA